AUGGUGGUGCGUAUUCGUUUGGCGCGGCAUGGGACGAGAAACAAUCCGUUUUAUCACCUGGUAGCCAUCCAGAACACCAAGGCAAGGAAUGCAAGGCCUAUUGAAAAGCUGGGCGAGUACGACCCAAUCCCCCGUCCGCUGCGCCAGCCGAUCGUGAGCCCACGCUCCGAAGAUCGGCCGGGGUUUAACGGCCAAGUUAUCUCGCCGGGGAUUGCAACCAACAUCCCGCGAGAGAAGCGCAUAGAGUGGAACGAGGGACGGAUCAAAUACUGGCUCGAUAACGGCGCACAGCCGAGUAAGUCAGCGGCGCGUCUCUUGGACAGGGCAGGGCUGAUUCCCUUAGAGAAACGCGACCAGUACAAGGGCAUCUAUCCGCGCACGCAGUCUGCGCGACCUGUGCUUCCGGCCGGCGUGCACGAUCCACACACUGCGUAG